GCCUGUGGGAGCCCGUGGCCUUUGAAGUACGGUUUAGCCCUUUCCUCCAGAGGUAGUUUGUAAACACUGGGCUCCGGGGCGGCCGAAAGGCGCACGAACUAGUAACCUGGAAAGACUCUUGGGAGUUACAUUAUGUGUGAAGGAUACCUGUCAUGUCUGCUGUUAGUGGAAGGGAUCCAUAGACAGAAAUGUAAGAGACACUGCUUGAUAAGAGUGGAGGGAUCCCUGGCAGCUGAGUGAGAAAAGCUCAUGGCUCACCAGCUAGAAAGUAUCCUUGCUAUGAGCAAGAGGAUGUGAUAAGUUGUUCAACUUAUGAAAUUCAACUUACAUGUGAAUUCUGCCAGGCAAUACAAGGACCUGUGGAAUAUGAGUGAUGACAAACCCUUUCUAUGCACUGCCCCUGGGUGUGGCCAGCGCUUUACCAACGAGGAUCAUUUGGCUGUCCAUAAACAUAAACAUGAGAUGACACUGAAAUUUGGUCCAGCACGUAAUGACAGUGUCAUUGUGGCUGAUCAAACCCCAACACCAACACGAUUCCUGAAAAACUGUGAAGAAGUGGGUUUGUUUAAUGAGUUGGCAAGUCCAUUUGAGAAUGAAUUCAAGAAAGCCUCAGAAGAUGACAUUAAGAAAAUGCCUCUAGAUUUAUCCCCUCUUGCAACACCUAUCAUAAGAAGCAAAAUCGAGGAGCCCGCUGUGGUGGAAACAACUCCCCAGGAUAGUCCUUUACCUCACCCAGAGUCCACUACCAGUGAUGAAAAGGAAGCACCAUUGGCACAGACUGCACAGACCACAUCAGCUAUGGUUCGUCCAGCAUCCUUACAGGUCCCCAGCGUGCUGCUCACAAGUUCUGACUCAAGUGUAAUUAUUCAGCAGGCAGUACCCUCACCAACCUCAAGUACUGUCAUCACCCAGGCACCGUCCUCCAAUAGGCCAAUUGUCCCCGUACCAGGCCCAUUUCCUCUUCUGUUACAUCUUCCUAAUGGGCAAACUAUGCCUGUCGCUAUUCCUGCAUCAAUCACAAGUUCCAAUGUGCACGUUCCUGCUGCAGUUCCACUUGUUCGGCCAGUCACCAUGGUGCCUAGUGUUCCAGGGAUCCCGGGUCCUUCUUCCCCGCAACCUGUACAGUCAGAAGCAAAAAUGAGAUUAAAAGCUGCUUUGACCCAGCAACAUCCUCCUGCAGUUACCAAUGGAGAUACUGUCAAAGGUCAUGGUAGUGGAUUGGUUAGGACUCAGUCAGAGGACUCUGGACCACAGUCAUUACAGCAACCAGCCACCUCCACUACCGAAACUCCGUCAUCUCCAGCUCAUACAACUCCACAGACCCAGAAUACAAGUGGUCGUAGAAGAAGAGCAGCUAAUGAAGAUCCUGAUGAGAAAAGGAGGAAGUUUCUAGAAAGAAAUAGAGCAGCAGCUUCAAGAUGCCGACAAAAAAGAAAAGUCUGGGUUCAGUCUUUAGAGAAGAAAGCAGAAGACUUGAGUUCAUUAAAUGGUCAACUGCAGAGUGAAGUCACCCUGCUGAGAAAUGAAGUGGCACAGCUGAAGCAGCUUCUUCUGGCUCAUAAAGAUUGCCCUGUAACCGCCAUGCAGAAGAAGUCUGGCUAUCACACUGCUGAUAAAGAUGACAGCUCAGAAGACAUUUCCGUGCCGAGCAGCCCACAUCCUGAAGCUAUCCAGCAUAGUUCUGUCAGCACAUCCAACGGCGUCAGUGCAGCAUCCCAGGCCGAGGCGGGGGCUCCUCCCGUUCUCCCCCAGAUGGCGGACCAGAGCACAGAGCCCGCGCUCGCGCAGAUUGCCAUGGCGCCUUCCUCCCAGUCUCAGCCCUCAGGAAGUUGAUUAGAAACCCAGCCCUCAGCGCAUUCGUUUUAGAUCCUCAUUAGUGACUUCAAAGGGAAAUCAAGGAAAGACCAGUUUCCAUUUGUGCGAAAUCUGUGGUUGUAAAUUUUUAUUUUACUUGAAAUUACAUUUGGCUCUAAAGUUGGUAUAGCAGCAGUUGAUAAUCAGACUGAACAAAGUUUCUGGAAAAAGACUGAUUAUGCUUUUUUUUUAUAAAUGUUGUCAGAUUUAUUAAUUUUUCUGUGCUCAAGGUGUAAAUUGUAUUAUAAUUCUUUGUGAAUUAUUUCACUUUUCAUUUGGUGGUGGUUUAAUAAUGGAGGUGUUACUGAAUCUCUUCCCACUUCCAUGUCUGGGAACCUCCUCCCUCACCUGUGAUGCUGGUGUUGUUCUGUGUCAUUAUACCAAAGUUCUGCAUAGUCCCUGUUGACUCUGUGAAGGUAACAAGGUCAGAAGCACUAGGCAAGAGAAAGGUGGAAAUUUGCUUUUGAUCUUUUUUGCCUUUUAUUUUGCACAUUAUGCAAAAGGAAGAACGUUCGGGAACAUUUUUUUUUUAAGUGAAACCUUAGUCAAAGGCAUAUAGUGCUGUAAUGCACACUCUUGAUCAAGGUCAGUAAAAAGAGUGUUUUCUUUUUGUAAGAUAUUAUGUAGACAUGAAUUGUGGAAUCCUUCAUCAUUUCAAAAAUAACUUUAUUUUUAAAGUCUUAAAUUCAGUAUUUACCCUAAGUUUUGAGCCUAAAAAGAAAAAGAAAUUAUAAAGUGUACAAUACAGGGUUAUUCAGUAUCAAACAAUUUUGGAAAUUAGACUUUUUUUUCUUAUAUUUCAGAUUGCAAACUGCGAAGUUUAUGCAUAAUCAAGUAUGGUAUGGUUGCCAGAAAAGCCUAAAAUUACUACUUAGAAAAUGUAAGACUGUUUCUCCCCAUUGUCUUGUAUUUGUGAGCUAACUUGUACCUAUUCUUGUGAAAGCACUGUCAUCUUUUAGUAGCAAAUUUUGAUAAUGUUUCUUGUGGAAAAAAAUCAGUAUCUAUCUUUAGAACAAUGUAAUUAUAACGUGAGAAGUGAGGAUGCGUGUGUGCGCGCGCGUGUGUAUGUGUGCUGUGUGUGAAUGGGUAUGUGUCUGUCAGUAGUUGAUGGCAGCAAUCUUUGCUUGAAUGUUUAACGAUGCCUUCCGUGUGAUGCUGGCCAAUAGGUGAUUGCCGUCUAAAAUGUCAUUUCUGUGCAGGCUUGGAUAACUAACAUUCCAUGAUGUAGUUUGUUUCUGAUGAGAUGAUUGUAGGUACACUUUUCUCAUUAUCCAAUCACCUGUGGGAUACUGAGUUUUCUAAUGUGCCAUUAUCGAUUUUUAUUCUGAAGUUAUGUUCAAACGAUAGUACAAUAUUUUAAAAUAGCCUAAAUUGUUUUUAAAAAAUUACAAAGUAGUAGAUGUGUGUAUGAAAAAUGUAAAAUAGUUCUGAGGCCUACCCAGUAGCAACUUCUGGCAUUCUAGCAAGAUUCCAGUGUGUAAAUGCCUGUAAUGCAUCGAUAGUGAGUCGUGUAGUCUGUUCUGCAUCCAUGCUACACUAUUUGCUAACGUCUCAGUGCCAUCUCUUAAUGAGACUGACAUUUUACAAUCCUAGAUGGACCAUCCUUGUUAAUUCAAGGAUAUGUCCCACCUGCCUAAGUUACAAACUGGGAAACAUUCAAAUUAUACAAAUGACAUUUCAAGAUUUUUAAGUAUGAAGAUAAUAGGGAUUUUAUUGUUUGGUUUAUUAAGAAUGAGAGAGAUUUUAGUUGGUAAUUCUACUUCUAAAAAUUUUUUAUUUUUAACUGAUUUUAUAAUUUUUAAGUAACCAAUUUCUAAUCAUGAUUUUGCCACAGUUAUGCUAAGGAGUUGAUCUCAAAGGCACAAAAUAUGAAUUCUGGAGGAAAGCUAUUUUUAUUGUAGUUUUGAUGAGUUAGGGAAAACCUCGUUGGUUCACUCUCCUAGGUCUUUCAGUGCAUAUUUUUUUCAUCGUAUUAUUUAUGCAAGUUAAAGUUCUUUGGUAACAGAAUUCUUGCAACUGUAAAAUAAACUACAUAGAUGUAAACGGUUAAUGAGCUUACCAAGGUUAGCAAAACUUUCAUUGUAAACCAAUCUGUACUCAGCAAAUAAAAAUCAUUAUUAGUUGUGUGAACACAAACUCCAUUCUGACUCUCAAGACGUCGCACUACUCUGUACCGAGCAUUUGGAGUCCUUAUAUUUGCAAUGUUACACAAACUGCACUAUUUUCUUUAUGUGCAGUUUGCAUGAGUAAACCAUCAGAGAAUAAAUUCUAUCUUUAAAUUA